AUGUCUUCCAAGUCUUACAGCAUCGCCUCCAUCCCCGCCGAUGGCAUUGGCCCCGAGGUCGUCGAGGCCGGUAUCACUGCGCUGAACGCCUUGGCCGAUACCCUCAAGACCUUCAAGCUUGAGUUCACCAACUACGACUGGAGCUCCGAGACCUAUAAGAAGACCGGAAAGUACAUCCCCGAUGGCGGUCUCGACUCCCUCAAGCAGCACGACGCCAUUCUUUUCGGUGCCGUCGGCGCUCCUGACGUCCCCGACCACAUUUCCCUCUGGGGUCUCCGCCUGGCCAUCUGCCAGCCCUUUCAGCAAUACGCCAACGUCCGCCCCACCAAGGUCUUUCGCGGUACCCAGUCCCCGCUCCGCAACUGCAAGACCGGCGACCUCGACUGGGUUAUUAUUCGCGAGAACAGCGAGGGCGAGUACGCCGGCCAGGGCGGUCGCUCCCACACGGGCAAGCCCUGGGAGGUCGCCACGGAGACGGCCAUCUUCUCCCGCGUCGGUGUCGAGCGCAUCAUGCGCUUCGCCUUUGAGGUCGCCCAGAAGCGCCCCCGCAAGCUCCUGACCGUGGUCACCAAGAGCAACGCCCAGCGCAACGGCAUGGUCCUCUGGGAUGAGGUCGCCAAGGCCGUCGCCAAGGACUUCCCCGAUGUUACCGUCGACAAGAUGCUGGUCGACGCCAUGACCACCCGUAUGGUCCUCAAGCCCGAGACCAUUGACACCAUUGUCGCCACCAACCUGCACGCCGAUAUCCUCUCCGACCUGGCCGCCGCGCUGGCGGGCUCCAUCGGCAUCGCCCCCACCUCCAACCUCGACCCCACCCGUCAGAACCCCUCCAUGUUUGAGCCCAUCCACGGCUCGGCCUUCGACAUCACCGGCAAGGGUAUCGCCAACCCCGUCGCCACCUUCUGGACCGCUGCCGAGAUGCUCGAGUGGCUCGGUGAGGCGGACGCCUCCAAGAAGCUGCUCACCGCUGUCGAGAACGUGUGCGAGGCCGGCGUCCUGACCGCCGAUCUGGGCGGCAAGGCCAACACCAAGGAGGUCACCAACGCGGUGGUGGCCGAGAUCAAGAAGCUGUACGGUUGA